ACAGCCCUCAGUCGUGCUUCAUACACGUGUGGGGCUAGUUUGUGGAUAGAUGGGAUUUUAGGGAAUCACAGUACCAAAAAGAGUCAAUAUUUGGAUCGAAAUUUCGAAAGGUCCUGCUAACUGUUUGCGUCGUUGACGUUCCUUUUAAAGAGGAGUCUUUGGUUGCGGAACAUUUCGGUACCAGAGCAACAAUGAUGAAGUACAUCCUAGUAACUGGAGGAGUCAUCUCAGGUAUCGGCAAGGGCAUCAUUGCAAGCAGUGUGGGCACGAUCCUCAAGUCAUGUGGCCUGCAUGUGACUGCAAUCAAGAUUGACCCUUACAUCAACAUAGAUGCGGGCACUUUUUCGCCCUACGAGCACGGUGAAGUAUUUGUGCUGGAUGAUGGGGGUGAGGUUGAUUUGGAUCUGGGGAACUAUGAACGCUUCCUCGACAUCCGGCUGACAAGAGACAACAACCUAACCACGGGCAAGAUCUACCAGUCAGUCAUCAACAAGGAGAGGAGGGGAGACUACUUGGGCAAGACUGUGCAGGUGGUGCCACACAUCACAGAUGCAAUCCAGGAAUGGGUUAUGAAACAGGCACAAGUGCCAGUUGAUGAUGACGAUAUAGAACCUCAAGUGUGUGUGAUUGAGCUGGGAGGGACUGUCGGAGACAUAGAGAGCAUGCCAUUCAUCGAGGCCUUCAGGCAGUUCCAGUUUAAAGUGAAGAGGGAGAAUUUCUGUAACAUUCAUGUCAGUUUGAUACCACAGCCCAGCGCAACAGGAGAGCAAAAGACCAAACCGACACAGAACAGUGUGAGAGAGCUGAGAGGCCUGGGCUUGUCUCCUGAUCUGAUCAUGUGCCGCUGUACAACUGCUCUGGAGAACUCUGUCAAGGAAAAGAUCUCAAUGUUCUGCCACGUGGAGCCUCAGCAGGUCAUCUGUGUGCACGAUGUGUCAUCUAUCUACAGAGUGCCAUUACUGCUGGAAGAUCAGGGUGUGGUGAGCUACUUGAGCAGGAGAUUGAAUAUGCCAAUAGAGACCAGACCAAGGAAGAUGCUGACUAAAUGGAAGGAGAUGUCUGACAGGUCGGACAGACUGCUAGAACACUGCUCUAUCGCACUGGUGGGGAAGUACACAAAGUUCUCAGACUCCUAUGCUUCUGUUAUAAAGGCUCUCGAACACUCUGCACUUGCCAUCAGCCACAAGUUGGAGGUUAAGUAUAUAGACUCUGCUAAUUUGGAGCCAAGCACUCUGCAGGAGGACCCAGUGAAAUACCAUGAGGCAUGGCAAAAACUCUGCAGCUCUGAUGGCAUCCUGGUUCCUGGAGGUUUUGGUGUGAGGGGAACUGAAGGAAAGAUUCAUGCCAUCAACUGGGCCAGGAAACAGAAAAAACCCUUCCUCGGUGUGUGUCUUGGAAUGCAGCUGGCUGUAUGUGAGUUUGCCAGGAACGUGCUCGGGUGGACAGAUGCCAACUCAACUGAAUUCGAUCCAGAAACGAAGCAUCCUGUGGUGAUUGAUAUGCCAGAACACAACCCCGGACAGAUGGGUGGCACCAUGCGGCUUGGGAAGAGACGGACCAUUUUCAAAACCACCAACAGCACACUGCGAAAGCUCUAUGGAGAUGCAGAAUAUGUGGAUGAAAGGCACAGACAUCGAUUUGAGGUCAACCCUGAGCUUAAGAGCCACUUUGAUGAGAAGGGUUUCCGCUUCGUAGGUCAGGAUGUGGAAGGAGAGAGGAUGGAGGUCAUUGAGCUUGACGAUCACCCAUAUUUUGUUGGUGUGCAGUAUCAUCCCGAGUUCACUUCACGCCCCAUCAAGCCGUCACCCCCCUACCUUGGUUUGUUGCUCGCUGCUGCUGGGAAGCUGCAGAGUUACUUACAGAAAGGCUGUCGUCUAUCUCCACGGGACACAUACAGCGAUCGGAGCGGCAGCAGCACACCAGACUCUGAGAUAUCAGAACUGAAACUUCCUUCACUCUCCAAUGAAUGACCCAUCUGUGGAAGAUAUUUUAACACAUUUCUUAAUUAAGUGUCCUACCAUCAGUUGUCUCAAGUGUUGGAAAAAAAACUGUACUGUUCACACAGAUAGGGCUGGGAUUUCCUACAGUACAGAAGUGACUACAGGCAGCUGCAGAUUAAGUUAUGGGACUUUCAGCUCUAGAGUAAACUAUGCUCAUGAAACUUAAACACCAGUUUUUAAAUAAAAUUUAAACUGUUAAUAUUCCUUUUUUCCUCUUCCUAUAAAUGUUACAGAACACACUGAAAACAAAUUGGAGUGGUUAACUUCAGUUGUCACUCAUUUCUACAACAGCACUUUAGAAACAGGUUAAGCAUGGGAGUUAUGGGUUUCCAGAUUACCCAUCUUGUAAGUUUAAUUCAUCAUAUUUGAAGUUUAACUUAACCUCUUGAUAUAUAUUGCAACAGGUAGGCAAUACAAUUGUGACUAGAUAUUCAAGUCUUGAGCUCUAGGUCAUCUACUGCAGGCAUACAACAUGGUGUGUGAUUAGUUUUCCACUCCCCUACCUUCCUCUGACUUCCACAGGGUUUAUUUCACCCAUGUCAUACUGUUGUAAAGAAACUGUCACUUUUGUUUCUGAUGCCAAUCUACCACUACAGUACUGUUGUGGCCUUAAUGUAAAUAAAUGUGCUACAAACUUCAA